AUGACACUAAAUUUAUCCAAAGUCAAGGAGUUCUACUUUAAUAAGCUCUUUUCACCCAAAGAUAAAUCAACCGCUACGGCUUCCUCACCAAAAGUUCUCCUUGUGGAUAAAUACACCACCCCCAUAAUCUCCAUAUGUUUUACUCAGUCCCAGUUGUUAUCCAAUGAUGUGAUCCUUGUUGAAUUGAUUGAGGAUCAAGAGCAAUUGUCUACAAUGAGACAUUUGAAUUGUAUUGUCUACAUUCAUCCAUGCGCCCAAUCCAUCAACCAUUUGGUGCGGGAAUUGCAUUCGCCCCAUUUUCAAAACUAUCAGUUGUUUUUAAAUAAUACCGUUUCAAAGAAUCAGUUGGAGCUGAUUGCCGAAGCUGAUGAGUUUGAAGUCAUUGAGAAAGUGGUAGAGAUCUUCCAGGAUUAUUUGAUCGUCAAUGAGAAUUUGUUCAGUAUUGAUUUGUCUGACCUGGUGAAACAAGUCAACCCGGCAAUUGAAGAAAGCAAUAAACUCGUUAGUUUGUUGCUUUCAUUGAAAAAGACUCCUGUGAUUAAAUAUGAAUCAAAUUCUCUCGAUUUGAAACGAUUAUCUUCGGAAAUCUUGUAUAAUAUAAACACAAACUCCAAUAACAACUUGUUUGAUGACUUGAAUAAGAAUUCAGAUGUGGCUCCGAUCUUGUUAUUGCUCGAUAGAAAGAAUGAUCCUAUAACUCCCUUGAUUGCCCCUUGGACUUACCAAUCUAUGAUUCAUGAGUUUAUCCAUAUCAAUAAGAAUAUUGUUGAUGUAUCGGGUGAAACAGUUAUACUUGAUUCUCAAUUUGACAAGUUCUUCAAAGAGGCUAUGUACUUGAACUACGGAGACCUCACUGAAAAGUUCCAAAAAUAUGUCGAAGAAUAUAAAACACAAACUAAAUCUACCAGUUUGGAUAAUUUACAAAACACCAAUCUCUCUGAUUUAAAGAAAAUGUUGACUAAAUUCCCUGAAUUCAAGAAACUCUCCUCGAAUAUCUUGAAGCAUUUGAAUUUAUUAUCUGAAAUUGAUAAACAAAUCCUGGCUCAGAAUCUCUGGGAAAUUGGAGAAUUACAACAAGUUAUAAUUUGUGGAUUAGAAAAUCAUCAAGCUGUCAAAACAAGAUUAUUGGAAGUACUUGAUAACCCACAUAGCACAACUACAAUCAAUAAGAUCAAAUUAGUCCUCCUUUAUUCAAUCAGAUUUCAUAAUCCUCUGGAAUUAUCAGACUUUAUAACGAAACUAAAUGAUCCUAGUUUGACCAACCCAACACCUACAUAUUCCCAAAAUGAAUUAUUAAAAAGAUUCAAGACUUUGUUUAAUUCCAAUAUAACGUCAGCAGCAACUAGUUCCUCAGAUAACCAACUAACCAACAUUUUCAAUAAGAAAAUCAAUUUUAAAACCUUAUUCAAUAGAGAUAAUUCGGCUCAGCAUAAUGAUAAUGUUUACUUGCAAUACACUCCCAGAUUGAAUGAACUUCUUUCCGGAUUAAUUAAUCCAGUUCUGGACUCUAUUCCUGCUUCAAUACAGGGAUUAUCCACAUUGGUUCCCGAUAAGGUGAAACAACAGUAUGGAAAUUCCGUAGCGACUUCAUCUGCCCAAGUACAAGAUAUAAUUAUCUACAUUAAAGGUGGUGUCACUUAUGAAGAAUCAAGGUUAAUAUAUGAAUUAUGUGAAAGUAGCACCACUAGCUCAAAGAUAAAUUUGAUUAUCGGUGGUGAUAAAGUAUUAAAUAGUGAUAUAUGGUUGAACAACCUUUAUGAUAUGGUUAAUGAAGAACUGCCAGCAGUUGCUAGUGAAAGAAUAGAUAGACAAUCACAAUUAAGGGAAAUAUUAUAG